AUGGUGAUAAUCUCAGUGCGUAAUGUUGAAGAUGGGAAAGGACCAUGCAUUCGGGAACUAAAAAGACUGAGGAGGGGCAAUGGAAAUAACAACGUGGACUACCGCAGAAAUGAUGAUGUUUGGAAGGAGGUGGAAGAGCUAGAAGAAGAAUUGGUGGGAGAAGCAGAAAGUGAAGAAGGACUACUGGAGGAGGAGGAAGGACGUGAGGGUGAUGGCGGAGACGAAGAGGAGGAGGAGGAAGGGUGUGAUUGUAAUGGUGGGGAAGAAGAAGAGGAAGAGGAGAAGGAGGAAGAAGAAGAAGGAGAAGAAGAAGAAAAAGAAGAGGAUGUGGAUGAAGAAUAUAAAGAAGAGGAGGGUGGUGGAAUUGAAAAAGGAGAAAGUGAUGGCGGAGAGUGA